GAGGGGAGCUAGGUGGUGACAUCACAGUCGAAGGUUAUAAAAGCUUCCAGCCAAACAGCAUUGAAGAUACAACCUGACAGCACAGCCUGAGAUCUUGGGGAUCCCUCAGCUUAACACCCACAGACAUCGGCUGGUGGAUUCCCGCUGCAUCAAGGCCUACCCACUGUCUCCAUGCUGGGCUCUCCCUGCCUUCUGUGGCUCCUGGCCGUGAUCUUCUUGGUUCCCAGAGCUCAGCCCUUGGCCCCUCAAGACUUUGAAGAAGAGGAAGAAGAUGAGACUGAGACGACGUGGCCGCCUUUUCCGGCUGUCCCCUGCGACUACGACCACUGCCGACACCUGCAGGUGCCCUGCAAGGAGCUACAGAGGGCCGGGCCGGCGGCCUGCCUGUGCCCAGGACUCUCCAGCCCUGCCCAGCCGCCCGACCCGCCGCGCAUGGGAGAAGUGAGCAUUGUGGCGGAAGAGGGCCGCGCAGUGGUCCACUGGUGUGCCCCCUUCUCCCCCGUCUUCCACUACUGGCUGCUGCUUUGGGACCGCAGCGAGGCUGCGCAGAAGGGCCCCCAGCUGAACGCUACGGUCCGCAGAGCCGAACUGAAGGGGCUGAAGCCAGGGGGCGUUUAUGUCGUUUGUGUGGUGGCCGCUAACGAGGCUGGGGCAAGCCGCGUGCCUGAGGCUGGAAGAGAGGGCCUCGAGGGGGCUGACAUCCCUGCCUUCGGGCCUUGCAGCCGCUUUACGGUGCCGCCCAACCCCCGCACUCUGGUCCACGCCGCCGUCGGGGUGGGCACGGCCCUGGCCCUGCUGAGCUGUGCCGCCCUGGUGUGGCACUUCUGCCUACGCGAUCGCUGGGGCUGCCCGCGCCGAGUCGUCGCCCGAGCCGCAGGGGCGCUCUGAAAGGGGCCUGGGGGCAUCUUGGGCACAGCUAGCCCCACCUGGGGCGCUCAGCCCGGCGCCUGGAAAGAGGGGAACCCGCUGCCUCCAGGGAGGGCUGGACGGCGAGCUGGGAGCCAGCCCCAGGCUCUAGAGCCACAGCAGAGUCAUGGUUCUCUGGGCUGAGUGCUUGUUUAGGUCUGGGACUUGGCGCUUUCUUUCCUGGCUGAGGUCUGGGAAAGAAUAGAAAGGGGCCCCCAAUUAUUUUUUUAAACGGUCAGCUAGUAAAUAAUGUAACCUUUGGGUUUAAGAGGAUAAAAUGGAGAAUAUUAUUAUGUGAGUAUUUAUGUGACCUUUGUAACCAUUUAAAAAGGAAAAACCACCCGACAUAGUAAUGCGAACCUAUAGUAGCAGCUACUCCGGAAGGUGAAAUGGGAGGAUCUCUUGAGCCCAGGAGUUUGAGUCCAGUCCAGCCAGGGCAACACAGCCAGACGCCCUUGUGUUUUGUUUUGUUGUUUUUUGAGAAGGAGUCUCCCUCUGUCACACAGGCUGGAGUGCAAUGACGCGAUAUAUAUCGGCUCACUGCAACCUUCACCUCCUGUGUUCAAGUGAUUCUCCCGCCUCAGCAUCCUAAGUAGUUGGGGUUACAGGUGCCCACGACCAUGCCUGGCUAACUAUUGUAUUUUUUUAGUAGAGAUGGGUUUUCACCAUGUUGCUCAGCCUGGUCUCAAACUCCUGACCUCAGGUACGCCACCCACCUUGGCCUCCCAAAGUGCUGGGAUUACAGGCGUGAGCCACGGUGCCCACGCAGACCCCCUUCUUUAAAGAUGUAAAAUCGUUCUUAGUCCAUGGGCCUUACAAAUCAGGUCACUGGCCCAUUGCUUGUAGUUAGUUGAUCCAUAUCAUGCACCCUCAAAACAGCUCUGUCAAUGAGUGUCUUCAGUGGGAUUUUAAGAAUAAAUUUAUAUUUUUGCUAGGUAGAACAAAACAAAAACGACAGUAAUACCAAGGAAUUUCUCAUCCCUUUUUUCCCUCCAUUUGUAUUUAUUGCAUAUCCACUGUAAAAACAUUAAAGGACCUUUAAAAGGAA